ACACACACACACACACACACACACACACACACACACACACACACACACACAGUCCAGUGUGUGUUAUUUGUUAUUACACGGUGCGGGGUGCGUGUAGGCGUGCACGUCCUGUGGAGUUACAUUUUUUUUUCUUCACUUCCCCUCCCUCUCUCCCUCUCUUAAUCCCUAUUUAAUUGACACUACAUGUUUUCUAACAACAUGGACGGCAAACUGAAGCCGCAGGGUCGGAGGUGCCGGGCCAAGCGGGAGAGAGUGCGGAGGCUGCGGGAGCCCGGGAGCCGAGAAGCCCGCAGCCCGGACCCCAACUCCUCCUGCUCCGACAGGGAGGGACACGGUCCCGGGAGAGACGCCGCCUCCCUGGCCGGUAAAAAGGCGCCGCGCCCCGCCGCAGCCACCACCAGAGCCCCCCGUCCCCCCCGGAGGAAGAGACGCGAGUCCAGCUCGCAGGAGGAGGAUAUCAUUGAUGGAUUUGCUAUCACCAGUUUCACCAGCCUGGACCGCCUGGAG